GUGAUAACCUUUACCUCCAAGAUGUUGCACUCGAAAGAUACGAACUUACUCCAACACUUGAAGACUCUCCUCACCAGCAAGCUUACCAACCAUCUUGCCAAGAAUCUGAUGUUGAAGAGGUUCCGAGUGGGGAAGAUUCUGAAAUUGAUGAUACUGAAUCUUCACAAAUGAUCUGA